UCUGUUUUCCAAACAAAGUGCGCAUCGUACAGGAAUGGUAUUGUGAUCGUUUGGUAUAUAAGCUCCUGUGCAGCAAAAUUUCUUUAUAAUUUAUUGAAACUACUUUGAAAGUUUACUGAUAAACAUAGAAAUAUUUAGAUAUACAUGAUUUUCUCGGUGGAUUAAAAUUUUGUGAAAGUUGAAAAUAGAAGAUGGCCUCUGUUCAACCUCCAUGCAGAGAACCUCUUCCUCCUGCGGAAGAGGUGCAGAAUCCACGGGCAAAACUUAUAUCUUCUCUCAAGAGUGCCCUCUUCAUUUUGAGUUCUGCUUUGGUAAUCUUUAUUGCCUUCAGUAACACUUUGACUUGGCAUCUUCAACACUUCUGGGGUGCCUCUGGUAAUUUUUGGCAGCAUCAUUGGAACACAGUUUGUAGCUGGUUUGGAAAUGACAAAUAUGCUAUGGGUGUAUGGGGUACAUUUUUAGUCACUACUCUUGUCUACUGGAUCAUUGGAUUAUGUUAUACAAUUAUUGAUUUGACUGGCAAACCUGCAUUUGCUCUGAAGUAUAAGAUUCAGGAUACUACUUCUUACCCGGUCUCUUUGAAGCAAGUUUUAAGUGUAGUAAAGCAAGUUAUUAUAAAUCAACUCCUGGUUGGCAUUCCUUUUGGUAUCCUUGCUUAUUACAUGAUGGUUUGGCGAGGUUAUGAUUCAGAAAGAACUCUCCCUACUUUUCAGUGGGUUUUAUUCGAGCUUAUAUUCUGUGUGAUCAUGGAAGAAGUUGGAUUUUACUAUUCACAUAGGCUCUUGCAUCACCCUCGUAUUUAUAAAUACAUCCACAAGCGUCACCAUGAGUGGACUUCUCCAAUUGCCAUUACAGCAAUCUACUGUCAUCCAAUAGAACACAUCUUUUCGAAUCUUCUGCCACCACUUCUUGGUCCUCUUAUUCUGGGAAGUCACACUGCUACUUCUUGGCUGUGGUUUUCAAUUGCUAUAUUGUCAACUUUGAAUGCUCACUCUGGUUUUCAUUUUCCAUUCUUUCCUUCUCCUGAGGCCCAUGAUUUUCACCAUUUAAAAUUCAACCAGAAUUUUGGUGUUUUGGGAGUUCUUGAUCGUUUACAUGGUACUGACACUUUGUUUCGCAACAGCAAAGUGUAUCAGCGCCACAUUAUGCUUCUCAGUUUGGUGCCUCUGAAACAAUUGUAUCCAGAUGAUCCAAAAAAGAAGUAAAACAAAUCUUGAGAAGCUUACAAUACGUGGAUAUUUAUAGUGUGUUUCUUCUUAUUAUACUGUGCCUGACGUAUAAAUAUAUAUUUGAUUCUUAUGAAAAGAACUUCAGGUGCAAGACUGUAGUGCGUAAUAUUUUUUGCUUAUUUCAUUCCUUUUCUGAAGUCUUUCCUGUAUCAUAUCACUAACUGUCUGACAUAAUAAAAACUAUGUAAAAAAUGUGAGUAGUUGUUAAAACACUUCUAAAGGUUAUUCUGUGCACUAAUAUUUAAGGAACAUUUGUAAAUAUUGUGUAGAUAAAAUAAUAUAUAUAUAUAUAUAUUUCAUUU